AUGGGCCUGCUUUGUUCAUAUCCCGCAAGAAGCCCCGGCUCCGACCAUGUGGAAAUAUCGGAGCCACAAAUAGACCCCGUCCUACAAUCUGAAAUCCACGGCAAUCUCGAAAAGGACAGUUCGGAAAGUUCCCCCUGUUCUUCUGCGGUCGCCGGAAGCCCAAGGUCAUCGCCAUCGUCCAUUCUGUCGCAUACGUAUAGUCCGCAUGGAUACGAUGGGCUCUCCGACGCAUUCAUGCCGUCGCAAGCACAUAUCCUCACACCCACUGAGUCCGCAUUAUUAAAUCACUACCUCGAACACACAAGCAAAGACACAACGGUCGACGACGAGGAACAAUACAUCCUCCAAACCGGUAUUCCGAACCUCGCAAUAAAACAUAAACUCCUCAUGAAAUCAGUCCUCGCUUUUUCCGCCGUCUGUAAAUGCUGCGAUAUAAUCAAUCAAUCCUCACCCUCCCGCGCAGACCGAAACCAGAUCCUCGUUCUCCUCUCCAUCGCAGAUCGAUACCACAUGGAAUCCUUGCGUGGAAUCCAGGCGACUCUCCCCGGAACUAAGCAGUACGACCACAUCCUUGCCAAUGCCGCGAUGAUGGCCAUGUACGGAUCCAGCAGCCAUCGUAUCCGCAUCUGGCUGACCGAAACGACUUCCUUCGACGAUCCGGAAUUGGCCCGCUUCGUGCCCAAAAGCUGUCAGUGGAUGAGUCUGUUUCGGGCCGUGCGCGUUGCGUACACCGGUCUGCUGAAUGAUAGUCUCAGGACGGAGGAUAUGGUGCAGACAGCACCCGAUACGCCGCCCAUCGAGCCGCUUGCUAGUUGGGAUUUUCCCAUGCAGUGUCGGUGCAAGAUAGCGUCGAAGGGGGAGCUGCAGGCUGGACCUCAGGGCCAUGCUCUGUAUCCCAUUUUGGCGGCAACGGUUGUCCCUGCGCUGGAAAAGCUGAGGCUGAGGGCCGGGAUCGUUGCUGGGAAUGAGAUUCAGGGCGGUGGUUACUUGGAUGUACCAACCGCUGACUCGGGUCUGCAGGCUUGCUUUACAGCCUUGGAGCUGUUCAGUGAGGUUGUGGCGGAGACUUUCUCGCUGGAAAACAUGAUACCGAGUGAAUAUUCAAAUCUUGCCAACCAGCCCGAUAUCGACCCGCUGGGACAGGUCCCAAAAGUCUCGCCGUGGAUGCAGAGAUACGCGGCCAACAUCACGUCCAUGGUCCCAUCAAAGCUCCCACGGAGAUUCAUCAUGGCGUUUAUUCACAAGGCUCCGACGAAAUAUCUGAACAUGGUCGGGGAUAUGAUGGGUUUGAUUCAAAGUUCAGGGUCUGACCACGGGGUAGCCCUGAACUGCAUCAAUCCGAUGACUACGGAGCCGAGUCUAGUGCAGCAGCUAGCCGUGGACAUAUUCGCCCACUUCCUGGUCCUGGUUCUCUUGUUGGAUAAGGUGUGGUGGAUCGGUGGCAUUGGAGCCUGGGAGCUGAAGCAGAUUGUCUCGCUCAGGAAAGACGUGCGAUGGCGGAUGCCUCUCUGGGAGACCGAUGAAGAUUGGUGGCCGGAGAGUAUGCUUGAGAUCAGCCGACAAUUCGACAAACAUCGAGCUAAGGGUUUUCCAUGA